CGUUGGCAUCAAGGCAGUGGGUUUUUUGGACGAAGUUGGCAACCAGGAGAUGUGGUUGGAUGCAUGAUAAACUUGGAUGACAAAUCAAUUAUCUUUACUCUGAAUGGAGAGUUGCUUAUAACCAGUAAAGGUUCAGAACUUGCAUUUGCUGACUUUGGAAUAGAAAGUGGUUUUGUUCCAAUUUGCUCACUGGGUCUAGCUCAGAUUGGACGUAUGAACCUUGGAAUGGAUGCCAGUACAUUCAAGUAUUAUACCAUGUGUGGUCUUCAAGAAGGUUUUGAACCUUUUGCAGUGAACAUGAACCGAGAUGUCGCUAUGUGGUUUAGUAAACGCUUACCAACAUUUGUUAAUGUGCCAAAAAAUCAUCCUCACAUAGAGAUAUGGAGAAUUGAUGGAACCAUUGAGAGUCCACCUCGGUUAAAAGUUACUCACAAAACAUUUGGUACACAAAACAGCAAUUCUGAUAUGAUAUAUUGUCGUUUGAGUAUGCCCAUUGAGUUCCGUUCAUCAUUCAACUUUGGCGUGGGUGUGGAAAAUGCCUCAUCUGAUGCUCUUCAAAAACGAAAACACAGCCAAGAAUUUCCUGCUUCUUCUACCACAUAUUUUUAUUCCUUACGGAUAUUUGCUGGCCAAGACCCAUCUUCUGUCUGGGUUGGUUGGGUAACACCAGACUAUCAUUUUUACAGUGAGAAUUUUGACAUAAAUAAAAACUGUACAGUGACAGUUACUUUAGGAGAUGAGAGAGGCAGGGUUCAUGAAAGUGUGAAGCGCAGUAAUUGCUAUAUGGUUUGGGGAGGAGAUAUAACUGCUAAUUCUCAGAGAUCAGGUCGCAGUAAUGUUGAUUUAGAAAUUGGAUGCUUUGUUGACCUGGCUACUGGAAUGUUGUCAUUCACUGCCAAUGGAAAAGAGCUUGGCACUUGUUAUCAGGUUGAACCAAACACAAAACUUUUUCCUGCAGCUUUUGUACAGCCUACAAGCACUAACUUAAUUCAGUUUGAACUUGGUAAAUUAAAGAAUACCAUGCCGUUAUCAGCAGCAAUUUUUAAAAGUGAGGAAAGAAAUCCUGUUCCUCAGUGUCCCCCUCGCCUUGAUGUGCAAACAAUUACACCUGUUUUAUGGAGUAGGAUGCCUAACAGCUUUCUAAAAGUAGAAACAGAGCGCGUGAGUGAACGUCAUGGCUGGGUUGUGCAGUGUUUGGAACCACUGCAGAUGAUGGCACUUCAUAUCCCAGAGGAAAACAGAUGUGUGGAUAUUUUGGAACUAUGUGAACAAGAAGAUUUGAUGAAGUUUCACUAUCACACUUUAAAACUUUAUAGCUCAGUUUGUGCUCUAGGUAACACUAGAGUUGCUUAUGCACUUUGUAGCCAUGUAGAUAUAUCUCAGUUAUUUUACACAAUAGAUAAUCAGUAUUUACCUGGACUCCUACGUUCUGGAUUCUAUGACUUGCUCAUUAGUAUUCAUUUGGACCAUGCCAAGCAAGCCAAGCUCAUGAUGAACAAUGAAUUUAUUAUUCCAGUUACAGAGGAAACUCGAACUAUUAAAUUAUAUCCUGAUGAAACAAAGAAGCAUGGUUUACCCGGAGUAGGGCUUAGCACUUGUCUCAAACCAAGCUUUAAUUUUUCUACUCCUUGCUUUAUUGUGACCUCGGAAGAACAUCAGACAUCCAGCCCAGAAAUUCCCCUUGACACACUUAAAUCCAAAGCGAUAAGUAUGCUGACAGAGGCGGUACAGUGCAGUGGUUCUCAUAUACGAGAUCCUGUUGGAGGACAUAUUGCAUUCCAGUUUGUUCCUGUUCUUAAACUCAUAGCAACAUUGCUUAUAAUGGGAGUUUUUGAUGAUGAUGAUGUGAAGCAGGUGUUAAUCCUCAUUGAUCCCAAUGUCUUUGGAGAUAACAAGGAAGAAACAGAAGAGAGGACAGAGAAGGAAGAAGUUACACAAGUUGAAGAAAAAGCUGUAGAAGCUGGAGAAAAGGCAGUAAAAGAAACAAAAACACCUACAAAGGGCUUAUUGCAGACAAGAUUACCAGAAUCUGUUAAGCUUCAGAUGUGCCACUUACUCAAUUAUUUCUGUGACUGCGAGCUGCAACAUAGAGUGGAAGCGAUUGUAUCAUUUGCAGACCACUAUGUAUCAAAACUGCAAUAUAAUCAGAAGUACAGGUAUAAUGAACUCAUGCAAGCCUUGAACAUGUCUGCUGCUUUGACUGCCAAGAAGACUAAGGAAUUUCGAUCUCCUCCACAAGAACAGAUUAAUAUGCUGCUGAAUUUUCAACUGGGAGAGGAUUGUCCCUGUCCAGAAGAGAUUCGGGAUGAACUAUAUGACUUCCAUGAUGAUCUUCUAAUUCACUGUGGUAUUCCACUAGAAGAGGAGGAAGAGGAAGAGGAAGAUUCCUCCUUGACUGGCAAGCUUCGUUCAUUAAUAUACAAAAUCAAAGGUCCACCAAAACCAGAAAAAAUAGAGCCCAGAGAAGAAGAAGAUAAAUCGCCUAGUAAGUUUUAUUCCUGUAUAUGUACUUCUGUGAUGCAAGUGUUGGAAAUAUUGUGUUCUUGUUUUCAUUUUUUGUUGUUGUUGUUGUUUGAAAAUGAAAAUCUGCAAUAA